AAAAUUCAAUCAUGUUUCUCUAAUAUUUGUUUAAAUAUGAUAUAAUCAGAAUGCAUAAAUAUUAUUACAUAAGUAGACAAAUGAGUACUUUUAAAAUGAACAUUUUUAAGUAUUUUCACAUUCUUGAAAGAUUGAAUGAGUAUUAAAUCUUUAAAUGAUGUCCACAGAGAAUAUAUGUCUAAAAAUAAAUAAUAUUAAAAUAUUACCUCAAAGAAAACUAGCAGGCUUUGAAGCAAGAGAUGGGGGGCCGUGAUGAAAGCAAUGAUGUUAAAAGGAAUACAAGAACAUACAAUGAUAAAGAAGAAGAAGAAGAAGAAACUGAAGGUCUCAUUAGAUUCACUGAUGUAGGCCCGCACUCAGUACGCUUAGAGUGGGGAGAUCCAGAUACGGCUGCAAAUGGACAACACAAAUUCCAAAUCGAAUGGAAGAAUGAAGAAAAAGAUUAUACUAAAACAACACAUGAAAACCAUUUUGAGAUAAAACAGCUUUCGCCUGGCACAAGUUAUAACAUCAGGGUAGUGGCGAUUGAGGAAAAGAAGAGUUUCUCUGCGUCUGUGAGCACAGUAAUCCCAGCACCUGAGAAUUUUGAAUAUGUGUCAGAGGAUGCAACAACUGUAAAAUUAAAUUGGACACCACCUCAAAAAAUGGAUCCCAAUCUCUACAAAUUUCAAGUGAUUAUGUAUAAAAAUGAAGAGAAAACAGAAUCAGUGACUGCGAAAUCAAAUGAAAAAAACAUUUUGAUGGACAAUCUUCUUCCUGCUACUGAAUACAAAGCUACAAUAAAUGUGAUACUGAAUAAUGGCAAACAGAGUGAACCAGCCAUUUUAAUCAUCCAUACAAAGCCACUCCCACCUGAAAACAUACAGAUCAAAAAUGAUGCAACUUCAGUUUAUCUGAAAUGGAUUGAUCCUAUCAUUGAUGACAAGAUUCCUCACAGAUUCAGGGUGAUAUGGAGAAGCGAAUCCAAUGCAAUGGAAUCGUUUACAGAUAAGGCAGAGGUUAAUGUGUCAAGUUUAAAACCAGGAACUGAAUAUUCCUUCUCUGUCUGCACUGUAGUUGAGUUAAAUGGCACAAAACUUGAGAGUACUCCUGUAAAAAUCACACAUAGCACAAGCAUAAAUAUGGAAUCUGUGUUAAGGGACCUGGGACUACAACACUACUUGAAGAAUAAACUGACUUUAAAGUCUGUGUUGGAAAUAAGGAAACCAUUAGAUAAGGGCCAAAAUGCAGAUAGUUUUACAUCUUUGCCGUGGCUUUUCCUCAGAAAGCUCAUGAUGGUCAAUUCAUCAGCCAGAAAAUGUGCUUCAAAGUGUAGCUCUAAAAUACGUGAACAGAAAUGCAUCAAUACCGUUCAGACAUCUGCUGGUUUCUAUGAAGAUCAGAAAGGAAUAAAUCCACUAGAUUUGAUCACAGCUCUGUUCCAUUGUGCUGAUCCUUUCCUACAGCAAGAAAUGGCUCUAAAAAUGUCAUUGUGUCAGUUCUCUGUGCCUUUGCUGCUGCCAAACUGUGACACAAAGGAGUGCACUCUGAUGCUUUGGGCCUUGAGGGACAUAACAAAGCAAUUUAGAUCCCGUGGUUUAGAGGAAAACAGUAUUGUGCGAACCGAUUUGCCCCUGGUCUCUUUUGUUAGACUUGGAAAAAACAAUCUAUCUAAAUCACAGUGUCUGAACAAGCUCCUUAGCAACAGUCAGCAAAAUCAUGACACUUUUAUUCAUUGGAACUGUCUAAAUGCAAACAUUCCAAGAAAGAUCUCUAAUGGUCUUGUUGAAAUGAGCUGGUAUCUCCCUAAUGGAAAGGAAACUAUUGACAUUUUCAAAGAGCCUGUAGCCUUUGCUAAUCUCCGUGGAGAUGUUUCUCUAUUUCAGGUCCAAUUCGCCUUCCUGUGCCAAACAUCUUCUGCAGUUUUUCUGUUCUGCGAUGAUUUGGAUUCACACCAGACAUUUCUGGGUUCCCUGCAAUACAGAUCAAAAUUGGUUCUAGUUUGCGCCACAAAUGAUCCAACAUCAAGAAACAAUUUGAAACACAGUUUGGCACAGAUGAAGCUCAAAACAUACUCAGUAAUCAUCAAGGAUGGGUACAUGAAUGAGGAUGAAUUUGUCAAUACAUUACAGAAGACUGUUGCUGAAAUGCUUGCAGAUUCUACAAAAUUGAGCAUCGAAAAGAUGUCAAAGAUCGCACCAAAUCUGAGGAUUCUUGUAGAUGAAAAUGAUGCCAUGUGUCAAAAAUCAAAGAAAAUGGCAGACAGAAUCACAAUAGACAUUGAAGAUAUACUAGAAUAUAAAACAAGGCAGUUGCCUUUGCAAGGGAAACUGUGUAAAGAGAUAUCUAAAAUGGAGAAAGAGAUGUGUCGACUCAGAAAGGCAAACAAACAAAACAUUGAGCACUACAAGAGUGAACUUAAAAGUAAAAUUGAACAUCUAAGAAAGGAACAAGGAAGCAACAGCAUUAGAGAUGCAGUAUCUCUAUUCAUUUCUGGCUUGUACUGCUCCCCGAAUGAACAGCUGUAUUUUCUCAAAUGGAUGAAGAUAAAUUUGGAUAGUCUAACAAGAAAGCAUCUAUCCAGGCUCGAGGAGCAGUAUAGGGAUGCAUGUAAGAAUCACACAGAUGAUAAAGAACGUCUCAGAGAUCUGGAUAAUCAGAUUUCCAGCAGCUCUUUAGGAGUCCAACACUUCAUGAGAGAGUUAAGUCAACUUUAUGAAUCAGCUCACUUCCAAGGAGACUGGAAGAACAUUAACCUGAAGAAACUGCCAGAAAUGUGUGCUCAGCUGAUGCUGAAUGGGUUUCCUCUAGAACUUAUUGAUGGAGACGCAUCAAACAUUCCACUGACAUGGAUUGGAGAUGUGCUUACGGCGCUUAACAACCUGACAGCACCUCACAACAGAAUACGAGUUGUUACAGUUUUAGGAGUUCAAAGCACUGGGAAGUCUACUCUCCUCAACACAAUGUUUGGAAUUCAGUUUGCUGUUAGCAGUGGAAGAUGCACAAGAGGCGCCUUCAUGCUUCUAAUAGGCGUAUCUGAGGAAUUCAGAUCAGAGCUUCAGUGUGACUAUAUCCUUGUGAUUGACACAGAGGGGUUAAAAUCUCCAGAGUUGGAAAAACUAGCUGAUAGUUAUGAGCAUGAUAACGAACUUGCGACCCUUGUUGUUGGACUCAGCGACAUCACUAUUGUCAACAUUGCCAUGGAAAAUGCUACUGAAAUGAAAGACACUUUGCAAAUUGUUGUCCAUGCCUUUCUUCGUAUGACAGAGGUGGGGAAAAGGCCCUGUUGUCAUUUUGCACACCAGAACACAGCAGAUGUUGCUGUGCGUGAAAAGACCUUGAGAGAGAGAAUCAGUUUCUUUCAACAGCUAGACAUUAUGACUCAAGCAGCUGCUAAAAUGGAAAAAAGGGGCACCAACAAGAAAUUUACAGACAUUCUAGAGUACAACAUUGAAGGAAACAACUGGUACAUACCUGGAUUGUGGCUUGGAGUUCCACCAAUGGCUCCUGUUAGUACCGGUUACAGUGAAGAAGUGAGUAAGUUCAAGAAUGGGAUACUUGACAUUUUGAAGAAAUCAAAAUUUCCGGCACAAGACUUCAUGGUAUUUAAAGAAUGGAUUCGAAGUCUCUGGAAGGCUGUCCAGUUUGAAAGCUUUAUUUUCAGUUUUCGCAAUAGCCUCGUCGCUGAAGCCUACUCCAAACUUUGUGCUGAGUUUAACACUUGGGAAUGGGCAUUCAAGAAGCACAUGAUUGACUGGUAUACAAAGUCUGAAACCAAAAUCACUAAUAUGGGUGUAAUGUCAGUGCAGUCAACAAACGUACUUAACAUUGAUAGAUUAUUGGCUGCUUUAAAAUGUGAAGCUUCUUAUGAGUUGGAAAAAGAAGGGAAAAAACUUUUAGAUAUAAUUCAGCAAUACUUUGAAAGAGAGGAGGAACAUGCACACCUUGUUGAAAAUCACAAGGAGGACUUUUUAAAUAGUGCACGAGGCCUUCAAAGGGAGACAGAGACGGAGAUACGAAACAAACUGGAGAAUGCUGUUUUGAUACAGAAGGGAAUUGAAAAAGUGGAACUUAUAAAGCAAAAGCAGAGGGAUACCAUGAGAGAGAAAGUGCUCAACUUGAUCCAAGACUGCAGGAAUAGAACAAAUACACUCUCUGACAGUGAACUAAAUGAAGAAUUUGAAAAAAUAUGGAUUGAUAUUGUGAAGCAGAAUUCUUUUACAGCACUACCAAGGCAAGAUGUGGUGAAGGAAACAUACAGUCUCUUACAUAAUAACUUGGAAAUGAAAGGUGGAGCUGUACGUGAGAUGCUGUCAAAUGUCACCAGUCUAGACCAGUGCGGAACUAAACCUUUUUUUGUAACGACUGUAAAAAUGAAUUUACUAACAAGAAUCUCUAAAUCUCUGCUGCCUGCAGAGAGAAAUAAAAAACACAGGUUAAUACAACUGACAUGCGAAAAAAUUAUAUUUCAGAGUGAAACAUUUAUUACAAAUAAGACCGAACCAAAAUCAGACUACAAUAGUGCUGACAUACAAGAAUUGUUGUGCUUCAUUGACAAAAAUUUGGAAAGCUGUAAGGAUCCACAGAUAAGCCCUGAAAUUGAAGCAGCUCUCAAGAUCCAUAUUUGCGGGAUUGCAGCAAGAGCUUUCCAGAAAAUGCAUGAUGACUACAUACAGAGAACUGACCCUUUAAAAUCUCUGGAAAAGUUCAAGGAGCAAUGGUUAGCUGACUUUAAAGACCUCUACUACCAACGUGACCAGUGUCAGAGCAAGGCAGAGAUGUGUGCCAUCAAAUGCUUUGGCCCUGCCGUGAUGGAAUACAUCCAGAAACGUCUUGGACCUGACAUUGUGGAUGAAAUGUUGACAGGUGAAAGAGGGCUUAAUUUUUGCACACGCUCAUUUUUCCAGUGUUCACUUUUAAAACAGCUACUUCAGGAUGAAGACUUCAACAAUAUUCUGAAAUAUGUGCACAACUAUGAAAAGUUUGUGACUGACUGGAUUUCAGAGAAGAUUAUUCAACAUUUUUCAGAGAAAGGGGCUCUUCUGAAGUUGGAGAUGAAGCAUUUGAACGUAAUCAUCAACAAAAUCAAGGAAGCAGUUGAAAAUGCAGAGAUAAAGGAAGACAUAUGCAGUUUUGUGACCAAUGUCUUCAAAAGUCUUAAUAAAGAGCUGGUCACACCAACUGACACCCUCAAUGCAACUCUGGCUUUAUACAACUCUAACCCUGCCGAGUUUAUAGACUGCUUUAAAUCCUCACUAGACAAAAUGCACAAGUGCUUAGAAGAUCAGCUACGUGUUGAAAGGAAUGUAAGAGAUAAGCUAACCAAACUCAAAGUGAACAGACCUCAAGAGGUGCUCUUCAGCAGAGUGUUUGGCUGUGGGAAAAAGUGUCCAUUUUGCAGUGCACCUUGUGAAGCUGGAGGAAAAAAGCAUACAAAUCAUUUUGUCUCUAUCCAUCGGCCACAAGGCAUUGGUUACUAUUCCUGGAUUGAAACCAAUAAACUAGUCCCUGACAUAUGUUCUUCUUCUGUUGCUAGUGAUGUAUCAUUCCGCCAUAAAGACACAGGAUAUCAGUGGUAUCCAUAUAAGGAAUACAGACAGAUCUAUCCGGACUGGUGGAUACAGCCUGACACUAGUAUUCAGGCCACUGACUUCUGGAAAUACAUAUUUGCUAAGUACAACACACAGUUUGCAAAGAAAUACAAUUUAAAACCAGCAGACAUACCUUAUGAUUGGUAUAGGAUCACUCUACAUCAGGCAAAUAAAUGCUUGGAAGAUACAUUCAAAAGGAGAUAAUCCAAAAGGAUGGGGGAAACAAUGGCCAAUAUCAAUGAACCUCAGAAAUAUAAAAAAUAUCACACAAAACAUGGACAAUACCUCUAAAUAACACAAGUAAAUGUGAACUGGAAAAGUACUCUGACCAGGCCAUUGAGCAAAAGAACUUGACCCUGGCAUGUGGAGAUGUAAAAUAUUGUACAUAAAUUUAGUUUGCUAAAUGACAGUCAAUGAAGAAAUAAGAUUGUGAAUCAUGAAUAGAGCUUUCAAUGAUUUUGAUAAACCUGUAUGGCAUUGAUGUCAACUAAAGUAUUUAACCCAAUUUUAUUUAAUUUAUAUAAGCAAACAAAAUCAAAGAAUAUUUUUCUAUUUCUAAUUAAUAUCAAACAUUGUUUGGAUGGGAAAAAAAUGGAUGACCUUCUGUAACAUGGCAUGAUUAACAGUUACUUUUAUCUUUGUGACAGGCUUUAGAGUAGCUGAGAUAUUUCUUUUCUACUGUAUUGUAAAUUCACUGACUCUACCAAAUAUCAUACUGUGUGUAGUUGUAAACCAUUUGCCAUUGUAAUGUGUAGACUAAGAAUAAAAAAUGAAAGCAUAACAAUGAAAAACAUUUUAUAACCAUUUA